AUGAAGAUGCUGCAAGAUUUGAUAGAUCUACUGGAAGAUGGAGACAGUUACUGGGUGAAGGUAUCGAAGACGUUUGAAGAUGAAAACAAAGGUCACUCCAAUAAAAAGGGUCAUCACACCUCGACAAAGUGUACCCUAGUAUUCAAGGACUCCCAGGAUCGCUGGUCACAUCCUCCCAACUGUGGGGAAAAGAAACGAUCCAUCUGUUCGUACAGGCUCAGGCGUUCUGAAGGAGCUGGAGAGUCUGAAAAUGAUGAGGAGUCUGAAAAUAAUGAGGAGUCUGAAAAUGAUGAGUCUGAAAAUGAUGGGGAGUCUAAAAAUGAUAAAGAGUCUGAAAAUGAUAAAGAGUCUGAAAAUGAUGGGGAGUCUAAAAAUGAUAAAGAGUCUGAAAAUGAUAAAGAGUCUGAAAAUGAUGGGGAGUCUAAAAAUGAUAAAGAGUCGGAAAAUGAUAAAGAGUCUAAAAAUGAUAAAGAGUCUAAAAAUGAUAAAGAGUCUAAAAAUGAUAAAGAGUCGGAAAAUGAUAAAGAGUCGGAAAAUGAUAAAGAGUCUAAAAAUGAUAAAGAGUCGGAAAAUUAUAAAGAGUCGGAAAAUGAUGGCGAGACUACCAUCCCGGAAAUGGCCACCACCACCAAGUCAACACCUCCCUCAGAACAACUAUCUAUAUCCCAACAACAACCACCUCCUCCACCACAACAACCGCCGUCACCCCGACAACAGCCACCUCCACCACAACAACCGCCUCUAUCCCAACAACAAUCACGUCCACCACCAGAACAACUAUCUAUAUCCCAACAACAACCACCUCCACCACAAAAACCGCCGUCACCCCGACAACAGCCACCUCCACCCCAAAAACAACCACAUCAUCAACAACUUCCGAGAAGUUUCUUAGACUGGUGUUCAAACUGGUGUCUUGCAUCAAAAAAAGGCUCCACGAAGAAGCCAAAAGCAACACCACCACCAGGGACGAUUACACCACCAAAUCUUGCUGCCUUAACCCCGCUCUCAAAAGGAGCUGUGAAUAACAUGAGCCUGGCAGAUGGAAUGAAGGCCACCUCAGAACUGGUGAAUCAGCUGCAGAACAUUCUGAAUGACAUUUGGUCUUUGUCAACUGUGACGGCAGUGUCAAAUACUCUCAAUGAAAUAAUCACGUCCACUGAUCUUUUGACCCCGGAAACCCAGGUUAACACUAGUAACAUACUGGCACAAUUAGCAGAAAGAUUGACCGAUACAGUGUCCCUGACCCCAAGCUUUCCUGUUGCAAACAUCACUGAGACAGCAAAUUCUCUCUUCCAAGUCUUCGAUACGACAAUGAAAGCGUCACUGGAGACUGGACCAAAUCUUACUGCAUAUCAGAUAAGCCAGGUCCUCAGUUCGUCUCUGACAGCCGUGGAUAAUCUGGAGUACACGCUUCUAUCUCUCAGCCAAAAUGAAUAUUUCUUUACAUCUACUGUGUCCAGUCUACUGAUAGUCAGGGUGAACUCUUCAGAUCUGUGUACAAAGACAUUCACUACUGAUCCGCCUGCAGUGUGCUCGGUCACUUUCCCUGCGUCUGCCAUGGAAAAUCUGAAUACCAGCUUCGAGGCUCUUAAUGUCCAGGUGCUAGCGCUGAGUAUAAACCCUUUCAGCUAUUUAAGCGACAAACAAAUUGUGGGGACAGUAGCCAACAUCCAGCUAAGCACAACAGACAGUGAAACUGAAAUUACCGACUUGUCGGAUUACAUAGAGAUCAUAUUGCAAAGAAAUGAAAGCUCAAACUCGGAGGAGUCAAGAGCCAAUCUCACUAAAACUCAAAACCUGAGCAUAAUGAUUAACAUAACCUCCAAGGAUCAGACAUUGGUGGCAACCGUACAGCCUGACAUCCAAGUUCCAAUAAUCCUGUAUCUCGGAUACCAAGAGAAGCCCAACAGCACUUAUUUCAUGGAUAAUGUCUCGCUCCCUUCAGAUAACAGCUAUACUUGGGUCGUGUCCCCUGACCAGAUGAAUGGCUCUGGUAUUUACUAUAUCACCGUCAACGUUACAAACCAAAGCAUAUGGGAUGAAAGGGACAUAUUGUUCUUCUCCGUCGACAUGUUUUCCACGCAGUGCGUUUAUUGGAAUGAACUAGCGUCAGAGUGGAGUGAAAAUGGCUGCCACGUCGGCGGAAAAAGCACAGUCAAUCAAACACAAUGUCUGUGCAAUCAUCUGACCUUCUUUGGUGCCACUUUCUUCGUCAUGCCCCACGUCGUGGAUCUCAGUGACACGUUGAGCCUGUUUGCCAAUGUAAGUAAGAAUCCAGUGGGAUUGGCACUUCUUGGAGCAUUAAUAGGAUUCUACUUGGUCGUGGUAGUCUGGGCUUCAAGGAAGGACAAGGAAGAUAUCAAGAAGGUUCGAGUGGCUAUCCUUACGGAUAAUGAUGCUGCUCACCACAUCCGGUACGUGAUCAAAGUCUGCACCGGACAACGCAAAGGAGCCGGUACAACAUCUAAGGUUGUGGUGACACUUUACGGAUCAGAGGGCCAGAGCGAACCACAUAUUCUUAGCGAUCCUGAAAAGCAGGUUUUCACCAGAGGAUCGGUGGAUGUAUUCCUCCUAAAAACUCGCUAUUUGGGGGAGCUGCAUAGUUUGAGACUGUGGCACAGUAACUCUGGAAGUAGCCCAUCCUGGUACGUGUACCGAGUUUCUGUUAUAGAUCUAGCUGCUCAGAAGACGUGGUACUUCUUCUGUGACUGCUGGCUGGCCUCGGACGUGGCGGACUGUCAACUGGACCGCAUCUUCCCAACUGCUUCCAAAGGUGACAUCAUGUCUCUUAGGUAUCUCUUUUUCUCGGGCUCGGUGGAGAAGUUCCUUAAAGAUCAUUUGUGGCUCAGUGUCUGGACCCGCUGUGCCUGGAGCCCGUUCACUCGAGUUCAGAGGAUCUGUUGCUGCAUGAGCCUGCUUUUCUGCAGCCUUGUGAUCAAUAUUAUGUUCUGGAACCUUCAAGGGGAUGCGAAUUCCCAGCCAGGACAAUUCUUCAUCACAUUCACUCAGAUCCAGAUCAGUGUCCAGUCUGCAAUGAUGUUGGUGCCAGUGAACCUCCUGAUUGUUCAGAUGUUCCAGCUCAUCCAGGUGCAGGUAAAACAGGUGAUCAUUCCACAAAAUAAGCUUCGAGUGACUCUGCCACCAAAGCCUCCAUCCAAGGAAGCAGCCACGGAGCAUCUUCUCAAGGUAAAGUCUCUUUGUCUUGUGUCACAGGAUUUAAAAGAGAUAGUGGACUUCCUACAGAAGUAUGUUGUCCAAGUGUUGGGAGAGAAUCCUGAAAAAACAGUGAGUUCCAACACUGAUCCAGUCCUUCAGGAAGUAGAAACUCUGUCCAGCUUAAUUCAGUCUUACAUCUGUGUGCAGGAACCGCAGAAUACUAAACGGGCAAAUGUGAUGACCCCGCACCAAUGUCUGUUUCUCCACCGUCUCUAUAAAAUUUUGGAACAGCUGAAGUUUGACGUCGCAUCAGUGGAUUUAUCUUAUGUUGAUAAACCUAUCAACUAUAUACAAGCCACCAAUAUUCUAUAUGACCUGCAGGAUCUGCUCCGGAGUAAAAAUGUCUCAGGAUCACCCCUCCCAAGCAGUGUGAGCACGAGUUUUCCAGUAGUCACACAGCAGAGGACACAAUGCAUCAAAAUGCCCAAAGCCUUUACAUUCCUGUGCUGGGUCUUUCUGUUUGGAAUCAGUGGUUUCUCUGCCUACUACAUGGUUCUCCUCAGCCUGGACAUGACCAAGGAGAAGGCAACCAGCUGGCUCAUAUCUAUGCUUCUGUCGUUUUUUCAGAGCCUGUUUGUGCUCCCACCACUCAAGGUUUUAGGACAAACUGUUUUCCUGUUCCGUGUCAUGAGAAGAAGUAACAUUGAGGAUUCGUCAGAGGAGCAGCAGCUCUACGGCAUUCUGUCUCUGCUCGCAGAGCGCCCAGACUGGGAGCUGUCAGGCUUUAGGGAUCAAAGUGAGCCCGCAUACCAGGCCCCGGCAAACAGAAAUACCACCAGCCUGAAGACACAAAGACUAAUGGAGCGGAGACUUUACCAACUAAUCCAUGAUAUCAUUGUGCACAUCCUGUUCCUCAUUACGACAAUGAUGAUGGCAUAUGCUGACAAAAGCCCUAACGAGUAUAUUUUAUACAGCGCGAUGCAGAACAGCUUCUCAACUGCAUUCAACAAUAUUAAAAACAUCCAGGACUUCUACAGAUGGUCAUCGGUGUCACUACUACCAAAUCUAUACAGCAUAUACCCCGGAUUCAUCACCGAUGGGAACUGCUUCCUGGUGGGCCCACCUCGAAUUCGUCAAGUUCGUGUACUCGAGAACAGUUUCGGUAAUGCGGAUCUUUAUAAUGCUGAGGACACAAAGAGCUAUGGGCCGGGCUGGACUCCUCGCAUCAGCAAUGAUUCUGUCGAUGACUGGUGGAAGUACCAUACUGGGGAUGAAUUGGGCGAGUACCCUGUCUGGGCACAGCUGAGCACCUACUCUGGAGGUGGAUAUUUGGCAAGUCUAGGAAUGAACAAGAGCUUUGCAUCAAGAGUUCUCAAGGGGCUCAAAAAUAAGAACUGGCUGGACAGUCUCACAAAAGCGGUUUUUGUGGAGUUCAAUGUGUAUAAUGCCAACGUCAACCUCUUCUGUCUAGCAAACCUAAUCCUGGAAACCAACAUGAUUGGCCAAUUCUGGACGUCGGUCGACCUGCAGAUAAUGCGUCUUUAUCAGAACACGAGUGGAGUCUGGAGCAUGCAGUUUGUCAGUGACAUAUGCUUCAUGAUUAUUCUCCUCUAUAUUAUAAUACAGCAGAUUUUACGCCUAAAAACUCAGAAAUGGGCCUAUUUCUACAGCUCCAAAAACCUGUUGGAUCUCGGCAUUGCGGCGAUCAGCUGCUGUAACACCGGUCUGUACAUCAAGCGAAUUUUCCUGCGCAGAAAGGCGAUGGAGCUCUACCACCAGGACCACGAAAAGUUUGUCAGUUUAUACGAGAUAGCCACUGUGGACUCUGCCUACACCUAUGGGACUGCAUUCUUAGUUUCGCUUAUGACAGUCAAACUCUGGCGCCUCCUGAGCUUGAAUCCAAAUUUGCAUCUAAUUAUGAUAACUUUCCGCAAAGCCUGGAAUGAAAUUGGUGGCUUCCUGUUCACUAUUCUUAUUCUACUUGUGGCGUAUUCCGUCUCGUGUAACCUUCUCUUUGGAUGGAGCAUUUACGCCUACCGAACCUUCUUUGAUUCCAUCGUCACCAUUAUCGGCCUGCUAGUUGGCAUAUUUAAUUUUGACAUGGUUUUAGACCUCGAUUCCGUUCUAGGUUCGAUGCUCAUCUUCACAUGUGUCAUUCUCUUAGUAUUUGUGAUCUUGAACAUCUUUCUUUCUGCUUUACUCGAUGUCUUCUCUAAAGAGCGUCAGUGCCCAACGCACUUUGAAGAGAAGGAAAUUGUGGACCUGCUCUUUGUGAGACUGUCAGGGCUGCUUGGGCUACAGAAAAAGCCAGAAACUUCAGACGAUGACUCAACGGAGAAGGACAAGAAGAUGUGAGCUUUUUAAACUACCAUCAUGUUCUAAGCUUAGGCAAAUAAAGGUGCCAUUGCGUGACGGCAUCUCAAGUGUAAAGCUUUCACAAUAAUAAAGGACUUUUUGUUGGAAAUUUUUGUUGAAAUUGCU